CUUUAGUUAUCCACUUGCUAGCUUUUAAAAAUUAUUUCUAAUAUAUUCUUGGAAAUUUCUUUGGGUUUUCUAUUGGCUCUUUUCUUUCCUAUCGUUUACCUUAAAAAAAAAGAUUUAUUUAUUUGUUUGAAGGGCAGGGGGACAGAGAAGAACAGAGAUGGGGAGAGAGAGAGGGUUCUUUUCCAUCUGCUGGUUCAUUCCCCAGAUACCUACAACAGCUAGACAGGAACCAGGAACUCUAGCUUGUCUCCCAUGUCGAUUGGCAGGGGUCCAAGUCCUUGAGACUUCUGCUUUUCUAGGUGCAAUACAGAAGUGGAGCAGUUAGGACUCUAGCUGGCACUGUGAUGCGGGAUGCUGGUGGCAGGAAUGGCAAUGCCCUUCCCUCAGUUCCCUUUAUUGGCUGUGUUGUCUGAUUUUGGUGUGGUUACACUGACUUUACACAGAGUGUACUUCCUCUUUUUCUGUUCCCUAGGAAAGUUUGCACUGGAAUGAUAAGUGUUUUGGAUGGAACUUAGUGACCUGUCAGAUAAUUUUCUUCUUGCUAAAUUUAGUGAUAAAUGGCAGUUAAAAGUAAUGGACUAACAGUUUUUCUAUUUUUUCUAGUCAGUUUUGGGGAUUUAUCCUUUCAUCACAAAAUUUUAACCUUAUUGGCAUCCAGUUCAUGGUAUUGUUUUAGUUACCUUUAUUUUUUUUUAAUAUUUAUUUAUUUAUUUAUUUGAAAGGCAGAUUUACAGAGAGACAGAGGCAGAUACAAAGGGAGGUCUUCCAUCUGCUGGUUCACUCCCCAGAUGGCCAAAAUGGCUGGAGCUAGGCUGAACUUAAGCCAGGAGCCAGGAGUUUCUUGAGGGUCUCCCAUGUGGGUUCAGGGGCCCAAGCACUUGAGCCGUCUUCCACUGCUUUCCCAGGCCAUUAGCAGGGAGCCAUUUUGGAAGUAGAGCAGCUGGGACUUGAACCUGCAGUCCCAUGGGAUGCUGGUGCUGCAGGCGGCUUAACUGGCUGUCUCACAACGCUGGGCCCCAGUACUCACUAUUAUGAAAGCCUGCUGCCAGUUUUGUUCAUACUUUUUUUUCUUUUUAAAGAUUAUUUAUUUGAAAGGAAGAGUUACAGAGAGGCAGAGGCAGAGAGAGAGGUCUUGGAUCCGCUGGUUUGCUCCCCAGAUGGCCACAAUGGGGUGGCAGGGCAGUCAGUAGUUGGACCAUUAUCUGCUGCCUUCCUGGUGCAUUAGCAGGGAGCUGGAUCAGAAGCAGAGGCAGAGGAUGGACUGUAUCGCAGGAACUCUGAAAUAGGCUGCUGGCGUCCCAAGUGGCAGCUUAGCCCCCUGCACCACAACACCCUCCUCUGUUCAUGUUUUCUUAAAGAAAAUACUUUUUUCUUUAAGCUACAUUGGAUUUUCUAUCUUUGGUGUUCUAGCAUUACAUUCCUAAGUCUGGUUGGAGAUUACUUUUUAUCUAUACUAUUUUGAGUAUUUGUGUUUCCUAAUUUUGAAUUUUCUUUUGUAAGAUCUAGAAGAUUUUGAGCUCUGAAUUAUUUAAAUAUUUCUCUUUUCAUUUAUAUAUUCUCUCUGGAGCUUUAACUGGACUGGUUAUAUAUAUAUACACACACAUAUAUAAUAAAUAAAUAAAUAAAUAAUUUCCAGGUCACAUACCAUCCUUCACAUUUUUCAUUUCCUGUCUCCUCACUGGAAUUUAUAGUGCUGAGUAGUCUCAUCAGGUAUUACCUUACUGCUUACCAAUUUUCUCUUCAGCUGUGCCUAAUCUUCCCUUUAGCCCAUUUUUUUUACUUGUAACAAAUAUGUUUUUCAUUUUUGAAAGUUCCACUUGGUUCUUUUUCAUAUAUACCCAGACAUUCUUCAUUGCCUCAUGUUGCUUGCUCAUUUUUGAGACUUAUAACUAUUCUGAAGACUCUGAGGCGCUCUCUAUGUCUGGUAUCCCUAGGAAGUCUUAAAAUUUAUUACUUUUGAUACUUUUUGUUGUUGUUGUCUCUUCUUCAUGGUGACUUGUUACCUCUUGUGCUUGGUCAUCAUUCAUUAUGAAUUGCUAUUUGGUUGAUUUUUGUGAGAAUCUUGAGACUCUAGGGUGGGGGUGCUUUUCUUUCUAAAGCAUUUGUAUCGACUUUGGCUGCCAUUCAGAGGAGUUUAAAUUAGUUCCCACAUUGGCUUCUGGCUCAGUGUCCUGAUUGCGCUUCUGCUUUUGGCACAAUUGCUUGUAGCUCUGGACUGCCCGGUUUAAUUCCUAGCUGAUGUUUAUUGCUUUUGGAGGCAGAGGGUGGCCUUAAGUGUUCCUGUAUUUUUUGUGAGCUCAGCAAAACAUCAAAAGUAUUUUUUUAAUUAGGGUCCAGGUUUUUUGUGGUAGUAGUGUCCCCAGAAUAUCCAAUUCGCUGUAACUAAUGUGGUUGUAAGUCCUUUAUUUUGAUAUUUAAUUUUGGCAAUGUAGUAAUUCUAGUUUGUGUUAGAAAAAAUUCUCUUGUAUUCAACAUAGGAUUUCUUGAUGACAGAUUUUUUUUGUUGUUGUUGAAACAAGUCUAUGCCUAAGUUAAAAGUUAUUUGAAAGGAAAAUAUUAACAGCACAGGUGUCAAAUAAGUACAUCAGAGUUAGACUCUAGAUGACCUAACAGUGUAAAAACUGCUGUUGGAGACAUGAGCAGGGUGCUCCAGGCUUCUAGAGAAGAGGUGCAAAAAUAAACGUCACAGCUGGAAAGUCAGGAAAUGCUUCCAGGAAUUGAGUAUUAAGGACUGGUUGGUAGUAGGUGGCUUUGGAGUAAGGUUUGUUUAGGAGUGACAGGCAGUUGGGAAUGACUGGCUUCUUGGUUGUGUGUCAUGGAAUGACUAGAGAUGAAAAGAAGGAAAUGGAUUCAUAAGAGGCCUUCUGUGCUCAUAGUACGGAGGUUGAACUUCAUUCGAGGAUGAAGGGGAGUUGUUGAAUCAUUUAAGCAGCUAAUUUACUGAGUAAGAUGAUCCAAGUUCUAGAGGAUGCCAAGAUUAAAGGCCACCAGUUAGACUGCUUGUGCAGUUAGUUCAGAGGAGAAUCGAUGAAGGUAGGAUGCAGGAGUGGCACAGGGCGCGAACAGGUGUGUGUGCCAGUUCUAGAUCUCCCGGGGAAGUAGGAAUGACAGGACUUAGCGGCCAGUUGGUUGCAAAUGUUGGGGGAGACAGAAGAGCCUAGGUGACUCCUCUGGUUUGGGUAGCCAGGAGGCAUAUAGAUCAAUGAACCAUUAAACCACAUACAGAAAGAGGAAAGAACUUGGCUUCAUUUGUUUUUGAGGAAAAAGAUGUUUGUUUCUGAACUUACUGAACUUGAGGGGCUUGUGGGUCAUCUUGGUUAAGAUUCAGCGGCAGUUGAUGGGAGAGGGUUUACAAGCCAAGAGGUGCAAGCCAAGAAGAGCUUCGGGAGUCUGCAACGCCUGGAAGCCCAGAAGCCGAUGUUCCUACAGCGUAGUAUGAGAUCAUUGGAGUGGUACAUAGAUAAACAAUGGAAGUUUUUCAUAGCUAGCAGUUUAAUUUGUAUGAAAACUGUAACCUGUGCAACAAACCUGUAAUAUUGUGGACAUGAUCACUUAGGCCAAGUGUGCUCACUUAAAGGGAAAUAUUAAGUAAAAACACAUGUGAUAUGUGGGCAAUGGCAAAAUCUCCGUGGAGCUGUGCAAACAAUGAAGGCUCAGAAAGUGCUGCUGUAAGCCAUGGGUUGGUGUAUAUGGUCACCCAAGGAGAGAGUAAGAGUGGGAAGAAAAGAGAGUUGAUGUAUGGGUGGCGGGGAAUGGAGAAGAGGAGGCCGUGAAGGAGACUGAGGAAGAGCAGCCAGACGAAUAGGAGGAGAACCAGGAGAAGAUGGUCUUUGGAGUCCAGAUGAAGAGUUCUGAGGAGGAGGAAGUGGUCCACAGCGGCAAGACCGUGCACCAUGGACGAUUUUGCAGAGGGAGAUUUUGCUGUAGGGGAGUAUGCCUUGUUAGGAGACUGCCCUUGUGAGGAUGAUACCCAAGAAUUGAUGACUGACGAGUAUGUUCGUGUGACUCAGCUUUACUGUGAUGGGGUGGGAAAGCAAUAUAAAGAUUAUGCCCAAAGUGAAAGAAAUUUAGAAUUUGACAUCUGUAAUAUAUGGUGUAGUAAACCCCUUUCUGUCCUACAAGACUACUGUGAUGCCAUUAAAGUAUACCUCUUCUGGCCACUUCUGUUUCAACAUCCACACAGUUCUGUUUUAUCACGAUUGCAUCCCUGUAUGGAGAACACCAAUUCUUGUGCUUCUGAGAUAAGUUUGAAGAAAUUACAGCAUCUUGAGCUGAUGGAAGAUAUUGUGGAUUUGGCAAAAAAAGUUGCGAAUGAUCCGUUCCUUAUUGAAGGCUUAUUGAGAAUUGGUUAUAAAAUAGAAAAUAAAAUCUUGGCAAUGGAAGAAGCUAUAAAUUGGAUAAAAUAUACAGGCGAUGUAACAAUUCUACCUAAAUUAGGAUCCAUUGACAAUUGUUGGCCUAUGUUAAGUGUUUUCUUUACUGAAUACAAAUAUCACAUAACUAAAGUUGUAACAGAAAACUGCAAUUUGCUUGAAGAAUUUAAAACCCGAAAUUGUGCGGACUGCAUAGAGCAAGGAGAACUAAUGAAACUGAGAGGAAAUGAAGAGUUUUCCAAGGGACGAUUUGAUAUAGCUAUUAUCUAUUACACCAGAGCCAUUGAAUAUAGACCUGAAAACCAUCUUCUGUAUGGUAACCGAGCUCUUUGUUUUCUUCGUACUGGACAGUUUAGAAAUGCACUUGGUGAUGGAAAGAGAGCCAUUAUUCUGAAGAACAACUGGCCUAAGGGUCAUUAUCGUUAUUGUGAUGCUCUUUCUAUGCUGGGGGAAUAUGACUGGGCCCUGCAAGCAAACAUAAAAGCUCAAAAACUCUGUAAAAAUGACCCUGAGGGAAUCAAGGAACUAAUUCAGCAGCAUGUAAAGUUACAAAAACAAAUAGAAGACCUACAAGGUCGAACACCAACUAAGAAUCCACUUAAAACCUUUUAUGAAAGCAGGGCCUAUAAUCCUAAGACUUUAUCAGCACCUGCAUUUAGUACUUCACUUAAUUUUGUGGAGACAGAAAGAGAUUUCAGAAAAACUGACCGCAAAAUGGCAAACAGUGGUAAUCAGAAUAUAAAGGCGGUAGAUGAGGCUUUGAAGGUGGAUGAUUGUGACUGUCACCCUGAAUUUUCUCCUCCACCAAGUCAGCCUCCAAAACAUAAAGGAAAGCAAAAACCUCGAAAUAACGAACCAGAGAAGCCCAGUUCUAGUUCACAGUUGACGUUACCAGUAGAUUUGAAAAACAUCUUAGAGAAACAAUUCUCUAAAUCUUCCAGAGCUGCACACCAGGAUUUUGCUAAUAUAAUGAAAAUGCUGAGAAGCUUGAUUCAGGAUGGCUACACGGCCUUGUUGGAGCAGCGCUGCCGCAGUGCUGCACAAGCCUUCACGGAGCUGCUGAACGGCUUAGACCCCCAGAAGAUAAAGCAAUUGAAUCUGGCCAUGAUUAACUAUGUCUUAGUAGUCUAUGGACUUGCCAUUUCUCUCCUUGGAAUAGGACAGCCUGAGGAAUUAUCUGAAGCUGAAAACCAGUUUAAGAGGAUUAUCGAACACUAUCCCAAUGAGGGACUCGAUUGCCUGGCCUACUGCGGAAUUGGAAAAGUGUAUUUGAAAAAAAACAGAUUCCUAGAAGCCCUGAAUCACUUUGAGAAAGCAAAAACCUUGAUUUGUCGUCUUCCUGGAGUGUUGACCUGGCCCACGAGUAAUGUAGUUAUUGAAGAGUCUCAGCCAGAGAAAGUAAAGAUGCUGAUAGAGAAAUUUGUUGAAGAAUGCAGGUUCCCUCCAGUGCCUGAUGCCAUUUGUUGCUAUCAGAAGUGCCGUGGAUAUUCCAAAAUCCAGAUAUACAUAACUGAUCCUGACUUUAAGGGUUUUAUACGAAUCAGCUGUUGCCAGUACUGUAAAAUAGAAUUUCACAUGAACUGCUGGAAGAAGUUGAAAACAACAACAUUUAAUGAUAAAAUUGACAAGGACUUUCUACAAGGAAUUUGUCUUACCCCUGACUGUGAAGGUAUCAUUUCUAAGAUUAUCAUCUUCAGCAGUGGCGGUCAAGUUAAAUGUGAAUUUGAACACAAGGUCGUAAAAGAAAAGGUUCCUCCAAGACCUAUUCUGAAACAGAAAUGUUCUAGCCUAGAGAAGCUAAGACUGAAAGAAGAUAAAAAAGUGAAGAGGAAGAUCCAAAAACAAGAAGCAAAAAAAUUAGCGCAAGAAAGAAUGGAAGAGGACUUAAGAGAAAGUAAUCAACCCAGAAAUGAAGAGCCAAAAGAAACUGUAGACAGUGUUCAGAAUUGUCAGUUCCUUGAUGACAGAAUUCUUCAGUGCAUAAAGCAGUACGCAGACAAGAUUAAAUCUGGGAUUUUGAAUACAUCUAAGCUUCUCAAAGAACUGCUUUCUUGGAAAGUUCUGAGCACAGAAGACUAUACAACCUGUUUUUCCAGCAAAAAUUUUCUAAAUGAAGCGGUGGACUAUGUCAUUCGUCAUUUGAUUCAAGAAAAGAAUAGAGUAAAGACAAGGAUAUUUCUGCAUGUUUUGAGUGAGCUGAAAGAAGUGGAGCCCAAAUUAGCUGCCUGGAUCCAGAAGCUUAAUGGCUUUGGCUUAGACGCCACAGGACCUUUCCUUUCUCGUCACCGCGCAUCUCUUAAGGAGCUUGAUUUUAGCAUCAUGACCUUUCUGUGGAGUGAGAAAUAUGGUCAUAAGCUGAAGUCUAUAGAGGGAAAGCAACUGGAUUACUUCUGCGAGCCCUCAGCAUUGAAGGAAGCACGUUGUUUAAUAUGGCUGCUCGAAGAACACAGAGACAAGUUCCCAGCCCUGCACAGUGCUUUAGAUGAAUUCUUUGACAUAAUGGACAGUCGCUGUACUGUGCUACGGAAACAAGACAGUGGGGAAGCACCAUUAAGUUCUACUAAGGUGAAAAACAAAGGCAAGAAAAAAAAGCCAAAAGAUUCAAAGCCUAUGUUAGUGGGCUCUGGAACAGCUUCAGUCACAGCGAACGAUGAGACUGUCACUCCAGGGGAAGACCAUAACAGACGCAAUUCAGACUCUGCAGGCCCAUUUGCAGUGCCUGACCAUCUUCGGCAAGACGUGGAGGAAUUUGAAGCUCUCUAUGACCAACACAGUAACGAGUAUGUUGUUCGCAACAAGAAGCUGUGGGACAUUAACCCAAAACAAAAGUGCUCAACUCUUUAUGACUACUUCUCUCAGUUGUUGGAGGAACAUGGUCCCUUAGACAUGAGCAACAAGAUGUUCUCUGAAGAAUAUGAAUUUUUCCCAGAAGAAACUCGACAGAUACUAGAAAAAGCAGGAGGUUUAAAAUCUUUUCUGCUGGGAUGUCCUCGUUUUGUUGUAAUUGACAACUGUAUUGCAUUGAAGAAAGUUGCAUUACGACUCAAGAAAAAAAGAAAGAAGAAAAACAUUAAAGCAAAAGUGGAAGAAAUUUCAAAAACAGGAGAAUAUUUGCGAGUUAAACUACCACUGAAUCCAGCUGCUAGAGAAUUUAAACCAGAUGUGAAGUCCAAAACAGUGUCUGACUUCCCUUCAGCCCCAGCUCCUGAGCGUGUGAAGCCCAGGCCCAGAUCUGCUGAUUCUCCCAAACCAGGCUGUGAAGAUGCGAAGCCCAAGUUGGUCUCUGAGCAUUCUUCCCGGCCAGUUCCUGAAGACGGGAACCCUAAGGGGUCUUCCUCUAGUUCUCCCAAACCUGUCUCUGAGGAUACAAGUCACAAGCGAGCCUCCUCACAUUGUCCCAAACCAGUUCCUGAAGAUGUGAAAGCAACCUACUGGACACAGUCCCAUUUGGUCACAGGAUACUGUACCUAUCUUCCCUUGCAGGGAUUUGACAUCACCCAGACACCGCCAGCAUACAUCAAUGUGUUACCAAGCUUGACCCAGUACACUGCCAUCUACACACCUUUGGCCAGUAUUUCCUCUGAAUAUCAGCUGCAAAGAUCAAUACCCGUGGUGCCAUCUUUUGUCGCCAGUGACACAGCAGAUAAAAAUGCUGCUAUGUGUUUUGAGGGUCAUCCUCUGAAUACUGAGCAAGCCUCUGGGGACCAGAUGGCCCUCCAAACACGAGUCCGUGAACAGCCUUUGGGAAUACCCGUGAAGUCGCAGUGCAGCACAGAUGGUGCUGAUCUGUCCCCGAGCGAGUCUAACAGAAAUGCCGGGCACGCUGGGAGUCCUAAGAAGUGUGAAGUAAAUCCAGAAAGUAUCGGUGCAGUAACAGAUGCCCCACAGACGCAGAUGGCUGCCACACAGGUGUCUUCAACCAUAAUGCACCAAGAAGUCAACACUGAGCCGGAAGAUCCUCUUAAGACACCACAAGGGGAUAUUUCACGGAUUGAAAAGGAGUACCAAGGAUUACAAGAGCAGCUUAAGGAAGCAUAUGAAAAUUAUGAGCAGAUAAAACUCAAGGGCUCAGAAGAGACCAGGGACCUGGAAGAAAAGUUGAAAAGGAAUUUAGAAGAAAACAAGAUCUCAAAGACAGAAUUAGAUUGGUUCCUUCAAGAUUUGGAAAGAGAAAUUAAAAAAUGGCAACAAGAGAAAAAAGAAAUCCAAGAAAGACUAAAAGCACUGAAGAAGAAAAUCAAAAAAGUUUGCAAUGCGAGUGAGAUGUCUACCCAGAAAAAUGAUGGAAUGGAACAGGAACGUGAAUUACGUGUGGAUCAAUCUGUUGAAAUCAGUGAUACAUUUACAGACGAGAGGAAGAAGCUGGAAGAGUGUGUGAAGACAGGGAAGGAGCGUUACGAGGAGAGCCGCCGAAGAGCCGUGGCUGCAGAGGUCUCCGUGCUCGAGAACUGGAAGGAGCGUGAAGUGUACAAGCUGCAGGCCCUGGGAAGCCGGGCAGAAGCCUGCCUGAAGAAGCUGGAGCAGGCACGCAGUGACUCUGCAGCAUGUCCUGACAUAGAGUGUGAUAUACGUUCAUGGAAAUCAUUCCUUUCUAAUGUUGCAGAAGAAAUUGAGAAAGUAAAGUCUCAGUUUGAAGAACAAAUUAAGGCGGUUAAAAAUGGUGCUCGGCUCAGUGAGCUCUCUGCAGUGCAGACUUCCCAGCUCUCGUUUCCUGCCUGUGGCACGAUUCAUCCUAAGUUACCUCCGCAGUCUUCAGGCCCCGGGGACGGGGGGUCUGUGGUUUCUGCAGGCAGCAGCCAGGGAAACCGAACCACGGUGCAUGAGGAUUCGAGCCUGCUCUCUGCCCACGCUUGCCCAGUGGAGGCUCCUUCUGCCCCAGGGAAAUCAUCCUGUGGCCAGCCCGAGGCCACUCAGCUGCCAGAGUCUAAGGGGGCCAGCCGAGCGCCUGCAGAACAAAGCCCCGAGGCUGGUGAGAAACCGCCUGCCGCUCCGGGACAUGCUCCUCAUUCAAGCAAGUCUCCAAAGAAUGCCUUCAGUAGUGUCAUCGAGCACCUGUGGGUGGUGUUCCCGUGCUACAGCAGCACUGAACUUGCUGGGUUCAUUAAAAAAGUGCGGAACAAAAACAAGAACUCACUGUCAGGAUUGAGUGUCGAUGAGAUUGUCCAAAGAGUGACAGAACACAUUCUUGAUGAACAGAAAAAGAAAAAGCCGAAUCCAGGGAAGGACAAGAGGACAUCUGAGGCCAGCUCCGCUGCUUCUCUGACCAGGUCCGCCCAGGGCCCCGCCUCCGCGGCAGUUGGACCAUCAUCACCCAGAGCCACGGAUCGGAAGACAGAUGAUGUCCCCGUGAGUGCUGCAUCCAGUGCAAGUUCCUGUGAAAUAUGCCACGAGGUGUUCCAGUCCAAAAAUGUGCGUGUGCUGAAGUGUGGACACAAGCUUCACAAGGGGUGCUUUAAGCAGUGGCUGAAAGGGCAGAACGGCUGCCCUGGCUGCCCCGCCUGCCCCAGCUGCGACCUCCAGGCAGAGGAGUAGCCGCCCCUCGUGGAAGAGGCCAGCCCAGUGGAAGUCGGGAACCCCUCCGUCCUGCCAGGUGUUCACACUUCUCUGAAGCCUAAUCCACAGCAUCUGAAUGUGAAAUGGAUGACCUUCGGUUUAAAAGAGCAACAUUUGAAGAUUCUUACAUUGUGCCCCAGUGUAUUGCGUAAUUUUCCCCACUCUGAGUAAACAUUUUGGUGAUAGCCAAGUAGUGGCUGAGAAAAUGACGUGCCCCAGUCCCGCACUGGUGAGGCCGCUGCCGAGGCCCUGGGGUGGCGCCUGGGCUGGACAGGAACCAGACGACUCUUGACCUGCUCAGGUGCCCCUUUUUAGGAAAAUCUCUCUAGCAGCUCCGCAAGAGAGAUGAUACUGACCUUUUCAGAUUUUUGUAAGAUUCAAUACUCCUGAAAAUACUCACAUUUUCUUCAGAUUCUAGAAGUGGGCUAAAGCAAACCACAUUUUAAUAAUAUAUAAUUAAUGUAAAAGUAUUGGCUGUUGUUGACCUAAAGAUUAAAAUUUCCUCUUCGUGAAAUACCAUGUGCUUUUGAUUUUUCAUUUCAUUAUUUUAUUUUCUUUGCAUAACCUUUAAAAUUUUACUUUUAGAAUUUUUGCAUACAUUUAAAUGUUUUUCACCUUUUAAAGGUGAAUUCUGAUUUUUGAAAACUAGUUACAAAUAACUUUUUAUUUAUUAUUAUUAUCAACCAAGACUUUUUUUACCCCUAAAAUUGAGGCUGGCAGUUCGCCAUUCCAGCCCACGUUUGGAACUUAUCUUUGAGCACUCCACUGUUCUCGGUGGUGGCGUUUGUCCUGUCUUAGGCCGUCAGCAGGCGCUUGGUACGUGCGUGCAGCGCAGGGCUGAGCACAGGCGCUGUGCAGUCAUCAGCAUCCCCCUCCCGUACCCCAUCACCAAAAGAGAAACUCGCGUCGUCAGACCACCCUGGGCGUCUGUGUUACCGCUGCUUGUGUCUGACAUCCGCGUAAAGUGAAUGCAUGCAGUCUUGUGCUGUGGCCUGAGAACAAAUCUGUCACUGCGUUAGAAAAUAUUUAAGCAGUAGCUGUCUUCUAGUGACCUGUUGACAGUGCUGAGUAGGAAACAUGCGUCCUGGACACAUUCCAUCACUCUCAAACACGAAGGAUCAGAGACUUGGGUUCUUUGUUCGACCGGAAACCCCAAGGCACACACGGACGAGCUGAUCUGGUCACUUGCCUCUCUUCCGUCAAUGUGAGUUCUGAUGUCUUAGUGACUUAGUCCGUAGAAGUCCUUAUUUGGAAAACAUUCUGUUUGGUGGUCCCUAAAACACUGUGUGCAUAUCUGUCAUAGCUGAGAGCUGUGGAUACUAAAAUACAGCGGGGCCAAUUUGUAGCAACAGGUAGGAGGGAGAAGAGCAGCUCUCGAGUGAGAAAAUGUGUUUUGUCCCCAACUCCACUUCCUUGUGACCAUGCCUUACAUCUGUCCAGUAGCUUCCAGAAUAAAGAGCAUUCUAAAAUAGUA